ACGAAAGCGUACCAGCCAGGCUUCCGUCCUCAUUCUCCAGCCGGGGAUCGCUCUCUGGCUUCCCAGCUUUGACACAGCGUCACUUGUGAAACAGCACAGAGGGGGGAAAAAGACGCACCCGAGCCAAAGCCCAUCCGCACCAGCAGGAGAAGAUGUCCGAGCCCAAUAAGUACCGAGAGUGGAUCCUGGAAACAAUCGACUCUCUCCGCUCGAGGAAAGCCCGUCCGGAUCUGGAGAGGAUUUGUCGAAUGGUCCGGAGACGACACGGGUCAGACCCAGACCGAACCAGGACAGAACUGGAAAAACUGAUUCAAGAGCAGACGGUGCUCAAAGUUAGCUACAAGGGGUCCAUAUCGUAUCGAAACGCGGCGAAGGUGCAGAGGAAAAGCAGAAAGAAGAUUGAGUUUACGGCGGCUGGCGGCAGCAGCAGCAGCGCGGAGGCAGCGAGGGAGCGGACCAAACACGACCAUCUCAACAACAACGGCGACAGUGCGCACAGCUUCACCGACCAGGAGGAGGGCGAGGAGGACUCGGAGCCCAGCCCAGAUCCCCACACUCAAACACCAGCCAGCGCCGCCGACAAGAAGCUGAAGCCAGCCUCCAGUCAGAGUAGCGGAAACGGGUGCCUCAGUUGUGGCGCAACAACGGGCUGCGAUGUCGGGAGCGGCUGUAAAGAGGAGAAAGCAAGUGCACCGAGAGACAAGGGAUUAGGACAGCAGGGAGUGGGGGGCUGCCCGUCGCCCGGUCUCACUCACAAAACAAACGACGGCGGCGAUGCCAGCAAGAUAACACCGAGCAAAGCCGACGCAGUUCGCGCAGAGAAAGAGCCGUGUUUGUCCGGAGAUGACACCCAGAACAAAACUUGCUCCGGGAGCGCCAGCAGCCUCCCGCAACAGCAGAGACCGAAGCAGACUGUGCCCCUCAAGCCCAAACUUCGAGUCGGAGGAGGGGGCACCAAAACAGCGGGGAACCACGCCAACUCCGACCUGGGCGACAGACUGGUGGCUUCUGUUCGCAGCCUGUCCGAGAGGAGCAUCCGAGGGGGCUCCGCCGCCGCGACCAGAGGCCACAUGAAGCCGCUCGGGCUGAAGGAGAUUUUGGGCUAUCUGAGCAGCCAGGAGCGGCUGUCGGAGGAGAAGCUGACCCGAGGCAAAGUCAAAGUGGUUAUGGAGAGAGAGGUUGCGAGGGGCAGGCUGCGCAGGACCCGCUGCGGGAACAUUACUCUUCCUCUGAGGGGGAUGGUGGUGGAGGAGCCGACGCCGAAGAAUCCGUCCGCUGACAGACUUGUAAAGAGCGCACUGCAGGACAAGCACGCUGGGAAAAAGGUGGGCGCUGCUAACUUAAUAUUUCCAACACGUCCCGGUUGUACAGCGCUGAUGUGCGGGCUUGAUUCCUUCACCAGGACACCGCAUCCACCUGUUCAUGGAGCCUCCCUGUCACAAUGUAACAGCGCAUACUUGGAGGAGAGAGCUGUCGUCCCCGAUCAGCUUCAUAUGGAGGCACAGAAUCAGAUGCAGCAUGACAGAAUCAACCACACCUCCUCAGGCUUUAACAGCUUGGAGUCUAAGACAGAGGUCGGCGUGUCGUCCUGCCUGCUCACACCCACCGCCUCCCCGAGAGACUCCGGCAUGUCUGAGGACAGAGGGAUAAACGGAGGAGUUAACAGUGGAGGGUUUGUGAAGUCCGAGGGGGCCAGUGGGAGCCCGGUGGACUGGACAGUGUCUGAUGUGGUCAGUUAUUUCACAGCAGCAGGUUUCCCUGAGCAGGCUGCUGCCUUCAGGACCCAGGAAAUCGAUGGCAAGUCUCUUCUCCUCAUGCAGCGUAACGAUGUUUUGACUGGCCUGUCAAUCAGACUGGGCCCUGCCCUCAAGAUCUAUGAGCGUCACGUAAAGGUUCUGCAGAAAACGCACUUUGAGGAUGACGACUGUUAACGACAGAGACUGUUACGUCUGUAUCUACAUAUAGCUCAAGUAAUCCUAUAGAUAUGUAUGCAUGACAUGAUAUACAACACACUUUGCUUUUCAUCUCAUGUCAAAUAGCACACACACACACACACACACACACACACACACACACACACACACACACCUCUAUUUCUCUUUCUCUACAACUGCUCUGGUCCAGAAACAACACAGCAAAGAGACUGGAUUUCCUGGACAACAAGGGUUUUCUACCAAACUGAGCACAAAUGUCGGAGGAAGUACAUCAUGAAACUGUCAGAUACGGAGGUUAAAAAUAAUCAUGCAAUUCCUCUUUUUUAUUUACAACGAUAAAGCACUUUGCAAUUUCUCGACUAAACUGUGCAAAAUGGUUUGUUUUUAAACUGUUAUUUGUGCUGACCUUUAUGCACAUUUCGAAAGGGGUCGUGGUUUUCCUGUGGUUUUCCUUUUGUUUUUGGAGGCUUUGACUGAUGCGAGGGUUUCUCCCUUGUGGAUGUAUGUGUGUGGCCGCAUGACAGAGCACAUUGGAUCAGAAACAGAUUAAUAGUUGACCAGAUUAGAUACAUUCCCAGGAGCUGGAGCAGAUGGUUGUGACGCUGACCGGUCACAGUCGUAGAUGUGUCACAACCUUGUGUUAACGGUUGUUGGCCAAAGCAAUAAGCUGAUAAUUCCUUCUAGAUGUUUUGCAUCUUGUCAGCUCGCAGAUCAGCAGGUGGAUGAUUUUGUGUGUCUUAUUGUUUCAGAUGAGAAUCAAUGAAGUUUUCAUAAUGUUUUUAAGCAGCGCUGGUGAUCUGUUCUGGCUUAUUCACCACCACAACAGGGGCUGGUUUCACCAAGACAGACUUCGACUGUGGCUUAGGGUGUUUUCAUAUUAGAUAUGAUUGAUUUGCCUGAGUAUGACUGCGUCCCCACCCAACUUCCCUGCUGCUCAGCUUUCACAUUAGUAACAAUCAACUCUCAACUAGAUGUAACAGAAUGUAAAUAUAUUAAAGGUUAGCCGAUGUAAUGCAUCAGCCUCCAUUUGUAAAUUACUAAAAAAAAACAAUCUUCUAACUGAAAGAUGUUAUGGCAGGGUAAAGCUAAGUCAAUCAAUCAACUAAUCUCAUACCACCAGCAUUUUUGAACUGUUUUUACCGGUCAAACCUUAGAAACCAAAUGCUGUCAAACGAUCACACAUCUCAUUCCCACCUUCACUGUACCGACACAUUCCAGGUUUGGCAUCUCGUCUCUGCAUGCUUUAUAAUAUUAGUGCUUUUUUCCUCAUAUUUGAAUGUUUAUAUUUCUGUUUUCAGCACGUUGGUUUCAUUUUGUGAAUGUUUCCAGUCCACUCUUCACACACUGAACGUUUCUUUGUGCAUUCAAAGCUCCUCUACCUCUCUCCCCUCGCUUCCCCCUUCACUGUCACUUUCUUUGCAACUUUACGUUGUUUAUUGCCACUGUUGUCAUUCAGAUCAUUUCAUUCUUAUGAGUUUAAUCUGUAGGAGAGGACAGCUGUGUUUGGGUCCAGAUUCACACAAGGGGAAUGUACAGUGUGCCUGUGCCCUUGUUGCUUGUCAUUUGUUAAAGGACAAUUUUAAUAAUAAAAGUUGGAGAUUAAAACACCA